CUCAUGGGGAGUCUCCCAGAUGGCCACCAGGUGGCCCUGGGCCAAGCUGGGAUUGGAGCCUGGACUGACUUAGGCCACGGCCCGGGGAGGGUCCAACUCACAGGGGCUUCCUUGGGGAGGCCUCACCCAGCUACUCCUCUGCUGUCAUCCACUGGGUCCUGGCCCUGCCCCCACCCCAUUCUGCUCUGUGUUUGCACAAGGACCAUGGCCUGUCCCACCCCGCUGGUUAAUAAGCAACCUGGCUGCUGAGGGGGGCUGCCCAGGCACGUAAAGAUUUCCCAGGUGCUGGAGAGCAGCAGCCCCUCGUACCCUGUCUGUGAGAGGAGCAUCUCAUGGACAAGGCUCAGACCAUGUCCCAGCUGGUGGAAUGUGUCCCCAACUUUUCAGAGGGGAGCAACCAGGAGGUGAUUGACGCCAUCUCCCAGGCUGUGACACAGACCCCAGGCUGUGUGCUCCUGGAUGUGGACACAGGCCCCUCCACCAACCGUACUGUGUACACAUUUGUGGGGCGGCCCCAGGAUGUGGUGGAGGGGGCCCUCAAUGCCGCCCGGGCCGCCUCCCAGCUCAUUGACAUGCGCAGGCACAAAGGGGAGCAUCCUCGGAUGGGCGCCCUGGACGUCUGCCCCUUCAUCCCCGUGAGGGGGGUCACCAUGGACGAGUGUGUGCUCUGCGCCCAGGCCUUUGGCCAGCAGCUGGCAGAGGAGCUGGGCGUGCCAGUGUACCUCUACGGUGAGGCGGCGCAGACAGCCAGUCGCCGGACCCUGCCGGCCAUCCGGGCCGGGGAGUAUGAGGCCCUCCCUGAGAAGCUCAAGCAGGCCGAGUGGGCACCCGACUUUGGCCCCAGCAACUUCGUCCCCAGCUGGGGUGCCACUGUCACAGGGGCCCGGAAUUUCCUCAUCGCAUUCAACAUCAACCUUCUCAGCACCAAGGAGCAGGCACACCGCAUCGCCCUCAACCUGCGGGAGCAGGGCCGCGGGGAGGGCCAGCCAGGACGCCUGAAAAAGGUCCAGGGCAUUGGCUGGUACCUGGAUGAGAAGAGCCUGGCUCAGGUGUCCACGAACCUCCUGGACUUUGAGGUCACAGGGCUGCACACUGUCUAUGAGGAGACCUGCAGAGAAGCCCAGGAGCUGAGCCUCCCAGUGGUGGGCUCCCAGCUGGUAGGCCUGGUGCCUCUGAAGGCUCUGCUGGACGUGGCCGCGUUCUACUGCGAGAAGGAGAACCUCUUCAUCCUGGAGGAGGAGCAGCGCAUCCGGCUGGUGGUGAGCCGGCUGGGCCUGGACUCCCUAUCCCCCUUCAACCCCAAGGAGCGGGUCAUCGAGUACCUAGUCCCUGGCGGGCCGGAGCAGAGCCUGGUGGACAAGCCCCUGCGCACCUUCAUCCGCGAGGUGGGAGCCCGCUCCGCAGCCCCGGGGGGCGGCUCGGUGGCGGCGGCCUGCGCAGCCCUGGGCGCGGCGCUGGCCUGCAUGGUGGGCCUGAUGACCUACGGGCGGCGGCAGUUCGAGGCCCUGGACGCGGCCGUGCGGCGCCUGGUGCCACCCCUGCACGCGGCCUCGGCGGCGCUGAGCGCGCUGGUGGACGCGGACACGCGGGCCUUCGAGGGCUACCUGGAUGCAAUGAAGCUGCCCAAGAACACGGCUGAGGAAAGGGACAGGCGCACGGCUGCCCUGCAGGAGGGGCUGAGGCGGGCUGUGGCCGUGCCCAUGCAGCUGGCGGAGACGGUGGCCUCCCUGUGGCCGGUGCUGCAGGAACUGGCCCUGUGUGGGAACCCCGCCUGCCGGUCGGACCUGCAGGUGGCGGCCAAAGCCCUGGAGAUGGGCGUGUUUGGUGCGUAUUUCAACGUGCUUGUCAACCUGACUGACAUUGCGGACGAUGAGUUUAAGGAGCAGAUCUGUGGAUUCCUCACAGCACAGACAUGACUCUUGGCUGCCGUGUUCUCUGAUAAGCUCCCCCAUCUGUUUUCUAUUUUGUUUAUAUCAACAUUUUGGUUAGAGUCACUCAAAUUUAUAUGUAUGCUUAUCACACCUGCAGGGAAGAGGGAGAGGGCCCUAAUUAAAAGUUUUGCUUUCUUUUUGUCACUAGGAAUGCCACUGGGGCCUUCCCCUCACUGUCCCCACCCAGUAGGGACACCCCCCUGGGCCCCUACCCAAUGGUGCGAGGCCCUGGUGGCAGAACCUGGCCUCUAGCUCCCCAGCACUGUGAGCAUGGGGCCCUCCCCACCACACGGAGGUGGGGUGGGGUGCUGGGGGGCCCUUAUGUGGGGGAGCACAGAGGGGCUGCCCUGGCAUCCUGCCUCCCCUGCCAGUCAUGGGCGGGCAGUGGGGCUGGGCCUGGGAGUGUGGGGUGCGUGGCGACUGGACACUGGUUGGUCCCUAGCCUGGCCCUUGAAGAAGGCUUUUCCCAGUGUCCCAGCUCCGCCCCUGAGAUGCACAGAGUGGUGUGGGUCAGGAGGUUACAGCCUGGCCCCAGGACAUCUGGGACAUUACCGAGGGACACUGAAGGGGGACAGGACGGUACUGGGGGGCUGCUGUGGUGACAUAGGUGAGGGGACACUGGUGAGGGGUGCUGGUAAGAGGAUCGGUGAGGACCCUGAUGAGGGAAUACUGGUGAGGGGACAUUGGUGAGGAGAUGCUGGCGAGGGGGCACUGGUGAGGGGACCCUGGCUUGUGUACUUCCCUGGCCCAGGAGUCACAGGGCCCUGGGACCCCCACCCACAGGCCCUGCUCCCUGGCUAAGCCUCAUGUGGGUGCCAUGCAUUGCCCAGUGGUUCUUUGACCCCUGCUGUGUGCCUGGUACCCCAGUUUCCUCUGAGAGGCUGCUGAGCCAGGCCACCGGGCCGAUCUUUGCCAAGUCUCCUUAACUCAUGUCUGCGGCUCUCAGGGGACAAGACACAGAUCCAAGUGGGCCUGGUGGCGGGGGGGGA